AUGACCAGCGACGAACGUCACGAAGAGACCGGUCAAUUUGGCCCUGUCCCUAUCCCCAUCGACACUUUGAAAGACUUCUACAUGGGCGUCCUCACUAAGAUGGAAGAAAGAUACCACAAGCUCCCCAAGGCUCUCGCGGUCGAGCUCAAGUUCAAGGAUAAUGCCGGAGAAGGCCGCUUCUCGCUUGAAUUUCUCUUGAGUGCCACCGAGGAGACCACCGCAGAACAGAGAACCACUACCUUUUCCACUAUUCUUCAUACAAUGUCGGAAGAGUCGAAGUUUGAAGGAUUGAACAUGGACAUUUGUGUCAAGUGUAUCACUGUCUGA